UAUUUAAUGAGAUAAAGGGAUAACAAAUAAUGAAACACAUACAUUUGAAUGAUCAAUUUGACAGCGGCACAUAAACAAAGAGUUUAAGUGCGGUUCGUAUAAACCUCAUUUGGAUUUGCCUCCGAAAGUUUCCUUUUAUGCAUUCAAAAUGUCACUUUAGCCGAAGUUGAGUAACAAUAUAAUCAGCCGACUCUGUCCGAGCUUCCGAAAAGGCCGGUAAGCCCCGCUCAAUACGGCUCUUAUCAUGUUUCCACAAAAGCACGACAAACAAGACACUUAUCCAUUUGGAAUUGAAGAAUUCCUCCCGGGCAGCUGUGCAAACAUUUCUUUACUCGCAUGUACGCGGUAGGCGGGUUACGUCACGGCGGGAGGCCUUUCGUCAAGUUCGUAAACGCAGUGUGCCAAUUCGUCACAAAUUAAAAUCUCCCUUUUCCCAUCGGUAGUAAAAAUGAGUUUCGGACUGUAUUCGUCUCAGCUCACACACGCUAUUGUUCAGACACGGACAUUAGAGAGUUAACUGCUCAACCCCUUUGAACUCUGUUGCUUGCCAAAACAGCAGCACCAACUGUGAAUAUUAUUGUAAAACACUGUAACACUAUGCACAGUUUGAGCGAUAAUGCUGCGCUAACCGCAUUGCAGUGAUUUUCAGUGUGGUACUAGUACCACUGGCAGGAUGUGGGCUCCCUCUAGUGGUAUGCAAGAGAAUUACUGCUUAAGUACAGUUCAACUGUAUUUCACUUUUUUUUCUUCCCCCCCAAUCCAACAUUUAUUGGUGUUUUUUGUUUUCACCCAAUCCUCCAUUUAUUCAUGUUUUUUUUUCGGGAGAAAAAACUAAUUACAUUUUAUAUUUCAUGGCAAUUAUAAUGAGCGUCAAUUCUAUUCACGGCCAGGCUCGGUUUUUAUCCCUAUAACACGGGGUCCACUUUAAAUACAUUUAAAUAUAAAAUUUAAGAACAAUUUGUUUUAAAACUUUUAGUUGCGUAAAAAUGUUAUUUAACUUUAGGUCCAGUACAUUUAUAAUUUUUUUUGGCUAUAUUUAAGUGCUCUUUUAACGUUGAAAACAUUUGUUGAGCACACCACAACUUUAUUUCUAGAGCACUUUAACGACAACCGCAGCUGUAACCAAGCGCUGUCCAUAAAACAAUAAAAGACAAUAAUUAAAAUAAUAAUAACACAAUCAUAAAUAACAAAAUAAAAUAUUAUUUUCUAAUUAAAAUGUGCAAGAGCCUGCUUUACAUUGGCAUUUAGCAUCCAGAAGGUGCAGACUUUAAUUUCCCUGGUGUUGCACAUGUUGUGUGAAGCUGUUAGUAGAUGAGAGAGAGAGGAGCAAGAUUGAAGUCUUCAGUGACCAGUAUGAAGGCGCCGGGGAUGCUGAAAUUUGAAUCUGGUGAUGGCGGCGCGUGUGACGUCACCGGCGUUUGCUACAAGCUGAGUUUGAAUGGCGAUCCGCUCCCUGCGUCGCUGGUCGACCUGGUGAGGAACUCCCCCGUCUCCUCCGUGGACGACCUGAAGCUGCUGCUGCAGCACGAGGCAGACGCAAUAGAAGAAGACGAUGAUCACGGCAUUCUCACAAACCAAACACACGGACGACACAUCAGAAGCAUCGCGGAGGCUGAGAUAGCCCAGCAGGCGGCGUGCAGAGUUCGGACCGAGGUGAUGGAGGUGACCAGGGCCAUGCUGGACCGUCGCAACGCUAACUUCAUGCUGUGGCCGCCCUGCGUGGAGGUGCAGCGAUGUUCGGGCUGCUGCAACACCCGGCUGCUGCAGUGCGUACCUGCCGUCACCUCCAGCAGAUACCUGCAGGUGAUAAAGAUCCAGUACAUCAACAGGAAGGCCCACUACGAGAAAGCCAUCAUCUCGGUGGAAGACCACUUGGCGUGCAGGUGUCAGCCGUCCUCGCCCAACCCGGCGCCGCUUACCCCGCCGUCCCACCCUCACCCGCCUCUCCCCCGGGCGGCCCACCCGGCUCCGCCGAUGCCCCGCGGCUCCAAGGCCGACCUCCACCGCAACGACGACCUGAAGCGCAACCAGCGGUUCUACAACAGCGAGGAGCAGGAGCCGGCGGCGAGGCGGUGGCCGCAGGGGGGAUACACGCAGCUGGUGCGCUGGACGCAGCCCAGGCCGCAGCAGUCGGCCGACGGCUGGCCGUCGGACGCGCGGGCCGAUCGCGGCGUAACGGGAAACCCGCCGCAGGUCGGCCCGGGGAGCGGACACGAGGGCAGUCGCGAGGAAGGCGGCCAAGUGCGUCGUCGGCAGUUCCCAUCCCGUAGCUACGAGCGCGGAGAGUCCGAGGAUCGCAAUCUCAGGACGCAAUAUCGACUCAACGCCCCCCAGUCGGACGGCGCCUCCCUUCCCGAGCCGACCCCGUCGCCCCAAUCGCAACAAAGCCCCACCCCUGUUUUGCGCAUUUCCACCAACCACAAAGACUCGGUGAGCGGCCGGCCCAACAUUGAGGCGACGCCGACGCACCCGAGGACGCAAGCGGAACGUCAAACGGGGAGCGGGAGGCGGCACAGUGAGUCGGCCGAUCAGGGCGUGGCUAAGGACUUGACGCCGGCCAAUAGUGGAGGUCAGCUCACAGAAGAGGAGAGGAGGCAGAAGGUUCUGGAAGUGGUUCAGGGGGAGCUAGACCGACCCACUCAUCUUCAUCCUCAGCAAAGACCUGAGCUGGGGCUCGCAACGGCGGCGCCGCCACCCUCCAGCCGCCAGACCCCUUUCAGGCCGGCGUCCCCCCGUCGUAGGAGGAAACACCGCAAGCGCAUCAGCAAGGAGGCCAUGAGAGCCAUGAUCAUGUAGAGCUGAGGAGCAGGGAUCUGUGAAGCAAACCAAAGGCUGCGGGGCCCAGAAAAGCAGCGCCAAAGGGUGCAUGGACGCACCGGACGCUACCAGUGCGGGACCAGAUACACACUGGAUGAACAUUGGAUUCACACUGGACACACGCUGGACAUUGACGACAGAUGCGGGUGGAUGUCAGCGGACGAAAUGUUUAAAAAAAAACAAAAAAAGUGCAAUCUUAAAAACUCGGAGCAGAGGAAGUGUGUCGCACUAAACACUGGAUGGACUCGGGCUACGUUGUCCUGCACCUCAUGGGAUGUUCACUGGACACCGAAGGGCGCUUUUCUGCUUCUUUUUGGCCACGUCUAACCCGCUCACGUUGUACUACUGCCACCUAACAUGGAGCUCCAAAUACUACUGUACAAGGACAAACAUACUGUACAUGAUCAUAUUAAAAGCAGUCUUAAAAGACGUGGCUUUUUAGAGGGACGCUGUGAGACAGUUAAUAGCCCGACACCGUAUAUGUAUAAACGCGUCUAGCAACUUUUUAUUUCUUAACUUAUUUAAAAAACACAAAACAAAACAAAAAAGGAUGUUGAAGUCCUUCGGUUCUCAAGUGUAAUUAUUAUGAUGAUGGUAUUAUUAUUAUACUGAUAAUAACGAUAACAAUUAUUAUUAUUGUUGCUGUUUCAAGUCAAAGGAACUGUUGGUUGUACACACUGUAACUGUAAUGAAUGUUAUUUUUCAUAGAAAAUAAAAAAGCUCAAGAGAUA